AUGGCAACUGCUCAAGGGAAAAAGAAGCUGCAAAAUUCACAGAAUAAAAAGAUUGAUUCGUACUUCAAACCGGUGUCAAAAUCUGAUGCGUCAACCAUGUCAAAACCAUCUAGCAAACGUCAGCUUGAAAACGAUGAAAACACCCCUCACAAUGAUGAACAUCGUAAGAAAGUAUUGGUACCAUCCGAUGCAGAGCCCAUCAAGCGACAGUUUGAUAACGUCAAGGGCGGAUUAUCAGCAAAAACAAAUCAAACCGUCAUUCGCCACCCUUUGACCGACAAGCAUCCGAAAAACCCAACCAUCCCUAGUGUCAGUAAUUUCAAAACCUUGCAUCCAAAGCGAAAGAAGCCUUCUCCGAGCUUUGCCGUCUUGUGCGAUGAAGAUAUUGAAAAGGGCGUCGAAAAGGCUCCUACACCACCAAUAAGAGAUAGCCAAGAGAGCUUUUUCGACAGCCAGGAUGUCAACAGUCAGGCCAUUGAUAGCCAAGCAGCAUUGGACAGCCCAGUUGAGGAUAGUCAAAGCCUGAAUAGUCAAACACAUGGUGAUUCUCAAGAUACACCUUCUCAACUUCAACUCAACACACAAUGUAUCCAAGAAGGCGAUGAUUUGAAUACACAAUGGACUGCAGUGACCUCUUCUCCUAUCAAUAUCUACAAAGAUGCCGAUGCUGAAUCACAAUCAUUUGAGGACAAUGAUAAAACUCUUUCAGUCAUGAUUCCACACAUCCGUGGAAACAGCACAAGCAACAAACCAAGCAAAGAAAACUAUGUAGGCAAAGAAAAUGAGGUUGAAGCAACAGAGAAAGAAGAGCAACGUCUGAUGCCUGAUGAGUUCCUUCUACCAGCAUUCGGUGUUGAAUCACCUGGCCAUGAGGAAUCCAGCGUUAACAACGAUCAAGACAAAUUAGAGGAUGAAAAAAAUGAUUUCUACAAUCAAGACGACGACGAUGAUGAUGACGAGGAAAAUAGUGAUCUAUUUGCUAAAACUGUCGAUACAACUAUCAAAUUCAAAGACGUCCCAAUUGCAAGAUCAAGUACAGCGUUAGAUGAUGAUGACAAUGGCUUUUUCUCGGAUAACAAUGAACAAGAGGAAUCAACAACAUUCUUUGAUUUGGAAAGCGACGAUGAUGGCCCAUUUAUGAAUCCAGAUAUCGAGUUCUCUGUCAAUGAAUUUGAAUCAGCUCCAGGAGAAAGUAUCAAAGAACCUUCAUCAAGCUAUACAUUGUCUCUAGAUCAGCCGGAAUCAAUUAGUCAAGUGCACAUGCCAUUGCCUAACCCUCGUGGAAAAGAUAUAUUGGAAAAACUGGGCUACGACAAGGAGAGCUCAAAGGAUAGUAGCAGAGCCAAAGACGCUGAGGAGAGCAGCUUGUCUACUUUGUAA